AUGAAGGGCGCGGGCGUGGACAUCGCGCCCUUCAGGAAGCUCUUGCUUGUAGUCCUCUUGCAAGUCUUCAGUGUGGAUGCCAGCCUUUCCAACAGCUGCGUGGGCCGCUGCGACGUGCUCCAGCCUGGUGCUGAUUGCCAAUGUAUCAGCUGGUGCGUGGAGCUCGGCGACUGUUGUUCGGAUUACCCGAGCUGCCACAAUGGGAACCUCGCGCCAGAACCUGUGGAGACGACUGUUCAGUGGCACAGGCCAACCACCACGACCCCUGAGGUAUCCUUCCUUCAUUUCGAGCCCGAGACGACACUGCCCCAGACGACUCUGCCCGAGACGACACGGACCACCAUCACAGCAACCACGAGGACAACGAUCACAACCGUUACAACAGUGACGUUGACAACAGUUACAUCGCUCACGUCCACGUCUCUCACUACUCUCACGACCACUUCAGAGACGACCCUGACAGCAACUACAGUGACUACAGUUUCCUCAACCACAGUGACAAGCACAACUGCAACAACGGUAACCGCCACGCAGACGUUGACCAGCACAAGCAUCACCAGCACCAGUGUGACGACGCUGACUGCAACAACGAGCCUGACCGGCACCUUCACAACGACAGCGACUUUCACGCCUACAACCUCCCUGACAACACGGACUUCAACGAUGACGAGCACAACAGGCAGCUCCACCACGACAGCGACUUUGACGCCUACAACCUCCUUGACAACAUGGACUUCAACAAGAACGAGUGUGACAAGUAGCUUCACAAGGACAGUGACAACAAGGACAUUCUCAACGACGAGCGUUGCAACAUCCUCGACGGAAGAAGCUGCGGCACAAACAGCGAUGCCAGAGAAGGUCCUGCCGGACGAGAUAGUUGUGGGAAACCUCGCUGUCACUCAGCAGAACUGUGAGAUGGGCCUAGAGGACACCACAGUCGAGGUGGAGGUGAAUGGGCAAACGCGCAGUUUUCUGCUGUUUCUUCCUCCGGCCGUCUUUGCUGGUCGGCUUCCACUUUGGCUGGUCUUUCAUGGCACAGACGGCAAUGCUGAAGACUUCCUGCGAUACACAGGCCUGGGCGAGUUCUCUCGAAUGCAGCAUGUCGCCCUUGUGGUUCCGCAGGCGAUGGCGAACUCCGACUACUAUGGUGAGUCUCAGUUCAACGUGGGUUUGCACAGCCAACGUGAGGAUCGACAGGGGGUGCACGAUGUGGACCUGGUUCGAGCAAUCCUGCGCAAGGUGACGCAGCUGUCAUGCAUAGACCUUCGACGGAUCCAUUGCACUGGCUACUCCAAUGGAGCCCGUUUCUGUAUGCGGCUGGUCUCAGAGUUGCCGAGCAUAAUCGCCUCCGUGGCUCCUGUGGCAGGACUUCGGUAUCCAACCCCGAACAAUGCGAGCAGGCCCAUUCCAAUCCUGGCCUUCCAUGGGGACGCUGAUCCAAUCAACCCGUGGGGAGGCCAUGGCAUGGGCUAUUGGGGGUCCUCGGUCCCUGCAUCCUUGCAGAAGUGGGCCAGGUUCAAUCGCUGCAGUCAUGCAGACAUGGCCCCAAGCUUCGUGUGGCAACAAGGUUUUUCAAUGGCAUCGUACACUGGUUGCGAAGACGAGGCGACAGUGGAGCUCAUCCGACUGAGCGGCGCUGGUCACCAGUGGCCCAACGCUGCAUGGGCGAUCCCAAAUCUGGGCCAGGUAGCUAGGAUUAAUGCAAACCGCCUCAUCUAUGAGUUCUUCGACAAGCACCGGCUGCCGAGUAAGUGGAGCAUCUUACAGAUGAAAACGCAGGCUGGAGCCCUGUCCCCUGGGCAGAAAGGCUUCCGAUCUGAACUCGUUCUGGUGCUGGCUGGCCUUGCGGCCCUGAGUCUUGUGCUGGCCUGGUGCAUGAUAGCUCCGCGCCGCGCCAGCUGCAGCUCGGAGCAUCGGUCAGUGCCGGCCGGCUGUGAGCUGAAUCUGGAGAUGGGUCUGGACCUAAUGCCCGCUGCUGGCAGAGUUCGCGAGCAAUGCCUAGCCACGCCAUUGCGUGUCGAGGUGUUGACCGUGGCAUUUGACUUAUGCAGGCUGACUCCUGUGUCCAAAGGGCAAGGGAGGGAAUGGUACAUCGCCUGGAUGGGGUUGAACAAGGAGGACUACUGGUGGUACCGAGACCUCAGAAAGUUUGGCUCAGUCCCCCAUGCUGGUUUUGGAGUGGGCUUCGAGCGACUCGUCAUGCUCUGCACUGGCGUCCAGAACAUUCGCGAUGUCAUCCCCUUUCCGCGGUACCCAGGACAUGCUGAAUUCUGA